CGGCGCGGGGCGGGGCUGCGCGUAGCGGUUACUCCGGGCGGGCCGUUCAAACCCAAGGAGGUAAAGGCAGCGGCCCCACGCGAAGCUGGCGUGGGGGUUGCCAUAGCCCGCAUCCCAGGGGGCGAGGCCGAGGCUCCUCCCCGGCGCAUCCAGCGGCUGCUGCCCGGCUCCCCUCCUACCUGUCUGCUUCGGCGCCUUGCCCGGCCCCUCGGCCUCCAGGGCAGGCGGCGGGGGACCCCAGGCGAGUGCCCGUUAGCGGGUCUCCAGGCGGCCCGGCCCCGCGUCCCACUGUGUCUUCCAGGUGCUGGGCCUAGGGAGGCGCGCGGCAGCCCUCACUCCUCCGCUCCCGGUGACGCCAGCCCAUCCCCUGCUGCCCUUGGCUUUCUGAGCCUAGCGGAUCUUUGACGCCUUGGUGAGACCGUUACCCACCCGCCCGCCAUAGCUCCUCGCAGGAGUCAGUGCCAGGCCCCAGCACACACUGCCUUUUCAGGAACCCGAAUUUGGGGAGUUUACUCAUGUCUAAGUCCAGCUGGAGAAAACAAGGAUAUUAAGAUAGCUAUUUUCUGAAGGGCUGAAGGAAAUUCAAAAUGAUUUAGACCUUCUCAAGUGUUAGGAAUAAUCCCUGCGGCAUGCACCCUGUGUACCUUUCGACUUUGAGCAAUCACGAUGCUGCUGCACUUUUCAAUUAAUUGUGCAAACGAAAGUUUUCCUCUUUAAGUGGCAUUAUUUUGGCAUGAAUUUUAAAGACAAAGAUGAGAGAAUUUCUUGUUUGGAAGCCUACGUAACUUUGACAUCUAAGAGCUCAAGAUUUUACUGAUGAAACAGAGAUUUUGAAGAUGUCACAAAGGCACUCAGGUCAAGCUGGCACUGAAGCAGGAAAUGGGGUGGACUCUCCUCCAAUUGUCAACUCCAAGUACUCCACAUUCAGAGAUUUUUGUUCCACGUCUUCAUUUCAAGAUAGUGGCUACAAUGAGUUAAAAUCUUGUAGCUUUGAUAAUAUAGAUAAAGAAUAUCUUGGAAAGAAAGAAAAAGGCCCAACAUUACUCUAUGAGCACCCUGAAACUUCAGGCCUGGGCUUAACACAUCCUUUAGAGUCUCCCACUCAAAAAAAGAAAUGUAUCUUGCCUAGGAAGGAAAAGGAUAAAACCCCAGAACUUUGUGAAACACCUAAAAUCAGAGGGAAAAAAUGUUUACCUCGCAGAAGUUUGAAUGUAUCUUUUGCUCUUCUAAAGGGGGACUUUGAAUCACAAAAUAGUUCUUUAGAAAGUAGUAUAAGCCAAGUUAUCAACUUAGAAAAAAAUAUUCCAAGCAGUGCUUCAGGUUUUUCCAGGGCAAAUAAUUUUAGCCCUUUAGUUACUAGCACUUUAAAAACAGAAGAAGUGACUUCAUGCAGUCAAAAAUUGAGGCUUAAUUUUUCUCAGCAAAAGACUUCGACAAUUGAUGAUUCCAAAGAUGAUUGUAGCCUAUUUGAAGUUGAAUGUAUAUCUCCAAUUCAGGGCAAUAAUUUUAAAGACUCUAUCACACAUGACUUUAGUGAUAGCAGUUUAUGCAUUAAUGAUGAGAAUGCAUGUCCAGAGCUCCUGGGCUCCUCUGUUAGUGGAACAACUUGUGGAACAGACGAGGACAUAUUUGUGACUCCGAUAAGUAAUCUUGUGGCAAACAUUAGAUUUAAUGCAAGUCAAAUUUCUCCUUCACCUGAAGUGAGAGGCAAUAUUUCAACGCCUGAAGACAGUGGUUUUAACUCACUUAGCUUGGAGAAAUCAGAAGAUUCCCUCUCUGACCAGGAGGGUUCUUUUCAAGAACUACUGCAGAAACAUAAGGGGACUCCCAAAGUUGGGGACACCAUAAGAAAGACAAGACAUCUUGGAAGGUCGAGAAGACUGUCCACCCUUCGGGAGCAAAGCUCGCAGUCAGAGACGGAAGAGGAAAAGCAGAUUGUCCACCCUGACUCUGAAAAAAGAGCAGCAGCUGCUUCUGCCAUCUCAGAGGGUCAGCUGAGUAGUGAUGAGAGUGGGGAUUUGACCUUUAGCUUAAAGAAUUUAUCAAAGACUCCAGCCUUGCAAUUGGUACAUGAGCUGUUCAUGAAAAGCAAGAGGAAAAGAUUCCAGGAAAAUAGUGGACAUGAAUUCUUAGAGCAAGGGGAUGGGGAGAAAAUAGCUGUACUGCAGUGUAUACUUGCAGGACUGAUUGGCAAGAAAAUGGGUAUAGAAAAACUGGACAUCUUAACAGAAUUAAAAUAUAGAAAUUUAAAGCAUAUUCUUGCUAUGGUUUUAGAUUCCUUGACUGCAGAGAGCCUAUGCAGUGUUUGGAAAGUAAGCAGAAAUUGGCGUGAAAUUGUUGUUCAAGAUAAAAAUGCAAAUUGGAGGAGGAAAUUUUAUAUCGCACAACUGAAAACAGAUUCUGAGGGGGCUGUAUUAAAUGUCGAGGAUGCUGCCACUCGGCUCCAGCUUUUAAAUCGCUCAGCUUUAAGAUCUGUGCAGGCACAGGCUAGGAUACCUGGUUCUCAGAGAGAGCAAGGGUCAACAUUAUCUCCCUGGGGAGAAGUUUUGACACCUCUAGCAAGCUCUUCUGUUACUCACUUAAGUAGUAAACAGGAAGAAUAUGUUAAGGUUGCCAAAACACUUUUUACUGAUGAAGCAUUAAAACCUUGCCCAAGGUGCCAGUCCCCUGCUAAGUACCAGCCAUAUAAGAAAAGGGGACUGUGUAGCCGCACAGCCUGUGGUUUUGACUUUUGUGUGUUAUGUUUGUGUGCUUAUCAUGGGUCUGAAGAAUGUAGUAGAGGAGGAGCAAAGCCAAGAAAUAGAAAAGAUGCUCUCCCAGGAAGUGCCCAGAGUAAGCGGAAUUUAAAACGCCUCUGAAGAGACUAAAUAUAGAAGAACUCCCCCAUGCAGUUUUCUAUUUAUCUGACUUAAAAUUAUGAAUAUUUUGAAUACAUGCAAAUCUUCCCAUUAAUGACAGGUGAUGAUUAAUUUCCUAUUUUGUAUAUAUUAUAAUCCAUUUCAUUGUAUGUUUUCUUUAAAGUUAGUUUUGAAAAAAUUUUAUUUUACUUUGUCAUUUUACCCAUUUUAAUAACUUGGUAUUUUAAAUAAAGAAUUUUCAUUGUUGUUAUAUGUAUGUAUUUUAUUGUUUUAUAUAACAUUUUAAAUUUGUGCAUUUCAUUACUCUUGAAAUGUUCUUCAUUUUUUAAAAAAUAGUUUUUCAAAUAAUAUUAAAGAUUUUGAACUCUAGACAGAUGGCCUUAUAGAUUUGGAAAAUGAGUACUUGACUGAAAUGAAAUAUAAAUAAAAUAUUUUCAGAAGU